AUGAGAGGACUCGAGAACGAUCAUGAAUACGGGCGCACGGUGACACAACAAACGGAAAACCGUUCCAGGACCAUAAGCGGCCACUGGUCGCUCAGCGACGCGGCGAUUGGGGAAAGGCUGGCUGGGGACGAGGGGAUGACAAGUCCCCAAGUGCUCUCCGGAAGGAGGCCGACGAGUCGUCUCAGAACGAGAGAGAUACUCUUCUUCCUCUUGUCGACCGCUCCUUCGACAAUGGCCGCGUGCAUUUCGCUUAGGGGUUCCAAGACAUGCUCUGCCUUCAACUCGUCUUCCGUGUCAACAACAGAUAGUCACUUGGUGGGGCGCUACCCUUUCCUAAGCUUCGCUUCGAACGUUCAUACGUUCGAUGAGCUUUUGAAAUCGUACGUAGAAACUGACUACGUGCGAGAGAAAUACUCCAUCCUGCUUGGCUGUAGCAGCAUCGACCUCACCAACACCACUGAUUUUUAUGCGCGCUUCACGACGACCGUAAUAUGUAAUGAUCUUGUCCAGAAUUCCAUCCAGAGCUGCAAUCUCCGUCAGGAGGAUUCUCGCCCGGUGUGCGCCGAGACAUGCGCCCAAUUUGCGCAAGCCGAGGCGUAUGUUGUGGGUGACAGCAAUCUCUGUGCCAGUCCCGGCAGCAAUGCGCAGUCACAGAUCCGGGCCGAUUUCACCAACUGCGCCCUGCCAGCCAACGCGCUAUCUAGCAGGGACUGCAUCCGGGGCGUCGACAACGAGCCCGAAAACUGUGGAUAUGGAAACAGCACAAUAGGGCUGUGUUCCUAUUGCGCCGCGGGCGGUAUCAAUUCGACUGAUACUUGCUGCUACCAGGCCGACGCCGAGACUCGCUGUGCUGGCGUUGUCCUGCCAACAAUUACGCCAAUCACCCUGCCGACGGUGACGGCGACGGCGUUCCCUUCUGCUACGAACGAUCCCGGAGCCGAAGCCGCAGCCGGCCAAGGUCUUUCUGGGGGCCAGAUUGCUGGCAUCGUCAUUGGCUCUGUUUUGGGAGCCGCCCUUCUCGCCGCCAUAAUUUUUGGGUGUAUCGUUUACGCCAGGAGGCGCCGUACCCUGCCUGCCUCAAGCAUAUUCAACCAGCCGUCACCAGCUCGGCAAGGAACAGCGUCGACCCAAAUGGCGCAGGCCGGUGCUCCACCUGGCUUCGAGAUUCUCCCUGGUGGGCGAAUUGCCCGAAUGUCGGCACUGGAAGGACACUCCGGCGAUGCCCCGUCUCACCACACACGCCGGGACAUCGCAAGUUCCUCUCGAGGCGGAACGGUGGCAGGUUAUGUUGGAAGCAGCAGGAGGCGAGGCGACGACCAUUCGUCCUCUGAUGGGUUUGGCGAGAGCCCCGAGUCUGAUCGUGGGGCUACAGGGGUGCUCAGGCCACCCCCGACGACUUUAAGAAGGAACGGCUCGCUUUCCAGCAGUUCCGCGCUGGGCGUCGAAGACGCGCAGUCCCCCACCAGUGCGGGCAUGUCUUCUCCCCAAGGAAUGACGAGCCAGCAGUCCGAGCAGCUGCCCUUCUUCAAGGACUACUACUCUCAAGAUGAUAUUCAUCCUGGUGACCGCGUUGCUGUCCUGUGGGCGUACCAGCCACGAGCUGCCGACGAAUUCACUCUGGAGCGCGGUGACAUGAUCAAGGUUGUGGGCAUCUGGGACGAUGGCUGGGCCACGGGUGUCAUGGUAGACGAACGUGCCGAGCAGUGGGAAGCUCGUCGACAGGCUCAGCGAGACAGUGGCGUCUCGAACACAUCCGGCAGGGUCCAAGAUCCCUCACCGCCAGCCAGCGGCGAAAUCAAGGCGUUCCCCCUCGUGUGCGUGUGUCUUCCUGAGCACUGGAGGAGGACAAUCGAGGGAGACGGGUCUACGGAAACCGCGUCGAGCGCACAGCCGUACACAACCACGACGGGGUCCUGA